AUUUUCAAAAACCCUGAAUCAUGUUCUCAGUCCUGAAUGCCCUAAAGUCCUUCUUCCUCCCGACGCCGGAGUCCACCCCAGACCUGGACUCCAUCAUCUCUCAAUUCUCUACGGCAAUCGACACCUUCGGCCUGUCGGACUCCCCAUUUCCCCAGGAUAACUCCUCUAUCCCCUCCAUCGGAUGUUUCCACAAGAAAGGAUACAUCACCUCCAUCACACCUGAUUCUCUGCUGAUCGAUGACGUUCACUUCUGCGAUCGGGCCAACUGCGCCAUCCCCGACCCACAGGUGGGGAUGAAGGUCGAGUACCUGGGGUACCAAAAAUCUCCGAAGGAUGAGAUGAAGGUUCGCAGUGUCCUGAACGUCUACGACGACGCGUGGGACAGCUUCCUCGAGGAUCAAGGAUCCACGACAAUCCAUAAACAAUUGAUGAAGAAAUGCAUCGUCGCCAGAGUCAUCAAGCGAGAGGGCAGGCUGGUCUUCCUGGACCCUCUGAAUAUCGCCAUCAAUCUCGACAGCAUCGACUCAUCGUUUGUCCCUUACGUGGGGGAUUGGGUGAGGAUUGAGUGCUUCGUGGAAGUCGAUGAAGAAUCUCCGGAUCUUGGUGGGCUCGUUCUCGAGGUCGAGAAGCUCCAGCCACUGAGAUCCAACCUGAAGAUUGGAAUCGUCAGUCAUUUCGAUGCGAAGACUGGCACCGGUGGGAUCGAGGCAGACACCAUCUUCUCGAAAGUCUCCUGCCAACCUGGAUACAUCCCUUCGGCUGGGGAUAAAGUCAUCUGUGACUGCAUCGAGAGCGACCAGGGGACGUGUACCUGGAGAUGUCUCUCUGUUGUUCCUCUCCAGAUCAAGCCAGUCUCUCAUAAUUCACUGGAACAUCCGCAAAACCUUGAAAAGAGUGAUACGUUAAUGAGGGAUAAAAAUGGAGUGAGAAUUACUGAGGAUCUAAAUCUAUCUCUCGAGAUUAAAGAAGAAAUAAAUUUUGAAGUACUUGUAGAAAACACCGGAGAAUCUCCUCAGGUUUUUUAUAAGGGAAUUUUCAUGUCCAAGAAAUCCCAGUCUCAAUUGACUCUUUUGUCUCCACAAAUUGAUCAGAUGCAGACAAUAAAUCCUUCCCAAUCCCUUCGGUUUUUCUUCAGGGUGAAGGCAAAAUUCGUGGGGUUCACCGAGGAGCUCUUCAUCUUCUCGUUCAAGGGUUUUAAGAUCGGGAGAAACAUCAAGAUAACAGUAAACGCGAAAAUAUUCUCAGGGUCUUCAAGAAUAAUCGGAGGAAGUAGAGGAAAUAAAUUGAUUGUUCGAGGAGAUGAUUAUGAUCAGGAACAUUAUAUUCCCGGGGUGAGGCCCAUCAGGCCCCCGCACUUCAGAGCAGUGAAACUGAAAACUUUCAGUGUUCCUCGAAGACUCUGGGAUAUUAUUCUACCGAUCGUCAACGAGAGAACGUCACAGGCUGAAGCGGAGGUCAUCCUCGGAGAGGAAAUUCCUUGUCUUAGCGAGGGAUUAACAAUCGAUAAUUACAGGAAUCGAUUUCACAAUCUUUUGUACCUCGAGGAAAUCAGUUUGAGUAUUGAUAUGCAGCGAUAUGAUAUGGAGAGUGCCAUACUGAGGGCUUCUGAUGAAUUUCUGGUGCUGGAGGUUCCUGGGCUGUCGGAGAAGAGGCCAUCGCUGAUGAUGGGAGAUCGCGCUAUCGUGUCAUUCAAGUGGGACUCCUCCAGGGGAACUCUGCGAUAUGAAGGGUGCAUCCACAAAGUAACCAGUUGCGAGGUCUUCCUGAAAUUCAAUCAAAGGUUCCAUGAUAAUUACCACGGGGAGGACUGCCAGGUCUCGUUCAAGAGCUCAUAUUCAUCGAUCUCGAAGUGCCAUAAUUCUGUAGACCUAGCUGUCGAGAAUUUAACGAGAGAAAUUCUCUUUCCCACUUGUGUUAAAGAGAAAGAACCUCAGAUUAUUUUCGAAGAAGAUGAAACCAGUGGAGGUGAAGAGCAUAAUCAUAUAAAUAAAAUAAUUCUACCCCCAACUCCUCCGUACGAUGAGGACCUUGAGGCAACUCCACAUGAAAAUUUUACCCAGGAAGUCCCAAUAUCUCCUCUUAAGCUCUUAAAAGUUCAUCAGAAAUUGAUAAAACCUCGUGAACUCACAACAGACACGUCUUUAAAAAGAAAAAAACUCAUCUGGUACAACAAAUCCAUGAACGUCUACCAGAAGAUCGCAGUCAAGAACAUUCUCAUGGGUACAGCACGUCCACUACCGUACGUGAUCUUUGGACCCCCAGGAACAGGAAAAACCAUCACCCUUUGCGAAACAAUCCUCCAGAUCCUGACGACCUUACCCCAGAGCCGCUUACUCAUCGCCACGCCCUCCAACUCCUCGGCGAAUCUCAUCGCCGAGCGUCUCCUGGACUCUGGAGCAUUGAAACCUGGAGAUCUCGUCAGACUGAUUGCCAAUCACUGUCUCCAGGACGAUUCCAUCCCCGAGAGACUGUUACCCUAUUGUGCAACUGGGAAUUUAGCCGCUGAGAAUUCAGUUGGUGUAUCUAGGCACUACGGAGAAGGCCCCAAGUUGAAUUGCACCACGAGUGUUCUUGGAAGGCACAGGAUAACAAUAGGAACAUGUAUAGCGUUGGGUCAAUUACAUCUGAUGGGAUUUCCUCGGGGCCAUUUCUCCCAUAUCCUGGUGGACGAGGCUGGACAAGCGACAGAGCCGGAGAUCCUAGUUCCUCUUACGUUAAUCGAGGCUCAUCAGGGACAGAUCAUCCUCGCUGGAGAUCCCAUGCAGCUAGGGCCUGUUGUCAACAGCAGAUACGCGUGUUUUUUGGGACUGGCAGAGUCUUUUCUCGUGAGACUACUUCAUCAAUUUCCUUAUCAGAGAGAUCUCGAUGGAUUCGCAAGAGGGUACGACCCCAGAUUAGUGACAAAACUAGUCAUCAAUUAUCGAAGCCUUCCGGAGAUCCUGGAGUUGCCGAAUUAUUUAUUCUACGACUCGGAACUCGAAGCUAGUUUGUCCGGAAUUGAUAGCGAAGAGGCGAAGCUUUUGGAGACGUUGCGGGGAGAUCUUCCUGAGAGAGUGGGUAAACCUCCUGCUGUUGUUUUUCAUGGAGUCUAUGGGGAUGACGUGCAGGAUGAUGACAGCCCGAGCUGGUACAAUCCUGCUGAAGCUACUCAGGUUUAUUUGUACUUAUUGAAACUUUAUGGUUGUGGAAUUGAGGGGAGUGACGUCGGGGUGAUUGCUCCUUAUCAAAAACAAGUUAAGAGGAUCAGGGAGUUGCUGAUGGAGCUGGAUGUCGCCGUUCCCAAGGUGGGGAGUGUCGAGGAGUUUCAGGGACAGGAGAGAAAAAUUAUUAUUUUGUCGGCUGUAAGAUCGGGGAGGGAGCGCCUUCGAGAGGACGUUAAACAUGCACUGGGGUUUGUGGCAUCUCCUAGGAGGCUCAAUGUGGCUAUCACCAGGGCUCGAGCUUUGUUAAUUAUUAUUGGGAAUCCUGAGCUGCUGCAGGGAGAUCCUUACUGGAGAAGUGUCAUCAUGUACUGUGUCAAAAAUCAGAGCUACACUGGAUGCAAUUUUGUUGGGAACGAAGCCGCUGAGUAUUAUGAAGAUUAGGAUAGAUUAAAAUAUUCUCGAA